GGGAAGGAGGGAGGGGUCAGGUCUCUCCUUCCCUCCUCCUCAUUCAGUUUGCUCAUCAGAACAGUCAAGCCGCUGGACUUAUCUCAGAAUCAGGAGCCCGAACCCCAGUGCACGUGCGGGUCGAAGGAUGUGGCGCCGGGCGCGCGGAUGUUCCGGCGUGGCGCGCCUACUCGCACCCGCGUUCAAGACGCCUGCGAGGAUCUCCCGGAAGUGAGUCCACACCAGGGAGGUCGCGGGGGGUUGGAGCAGCAUGAAGCCCCUCCUGUCACCCCUGCCGCUGCUCCUGCUGCUGCUCGCCCCGGACGCCGGCUGUGCCCCAGCCAACAAGCGGCUCCCCAAAGGUGGCGCCGGCCCACCGGCAGCCAGGACCUCCGUCAAGCCCAAGUGGGCCAGCGGGAGCACGGCCGUGCCGGCGUGGGGUGCGGUCACGCAGCUGCGGGCCCCCGCCCUCCAGCACGACACGUGCCUGGGCUACUACGACGUGAGCGGCCAGUUUGACAAAGAGUUUGGCUGCAACAACACAGACCACCGCUUCUGCUGCGGCAGCUGCUUUCUGCGCUUCUGCUGCGCCGACCGCGGAAAGCGCCUGGAGCAGACGUUCUGCACCAACUACAACACGCCCGAUUGGAUCAAAACGCAGCCGCCCUCGCCGGCGCCCACCGGCGACGCCUACGACCCCGAGCUGGAUCGGACCAACACCACCGUCUACAUCAGCUGCGGCGUGGUGGCCCUGGUGGUCGCCGUGGGGAUCUCUGCCAAGGUGGCCUACGACAAGGCCACCAAGAACCCCCAGGAGAUGAACGUGCACAGAGCGCUCGCGGACAUUUUAAGGCAGCAGGGCCCUGUUCCCGUUUCCCAAUACGAGCAUGACAACAUGGACGCCAUGAUGGAUGGCUCGCCCAAAGACGAAACGCCCGUCCGGACUGUCAAGAACAACUAUACGCCCGUGCACGCCAAGUCCUCCAACCACGAGCAUUAUGGGAUGGAGACAAUUCACAGCGCAGGCACUGACAUGCUCAUCUCAUCAGGCUUUGUGACACUCGGACGAGGACACCUCAAAGCGCAGCACUCCAUCGACGAGUCGGCACAGAUGUCCUGGCAGAAUGAGCUGGACCUCCCCGUCUCCUACGCAGGAAACCACCAUCGCCAUGACUACCAGCACAGCCACGUGGACCUCACUGCUCUCACGCCAAAGCUGGCAAACAGACACAUGCGACACGAACGAGCGCCGCGGAGCAACAACAUCCUGACGGCGGCCACUGAGCCAUACGACCUGUCGCUGUCCAGAUCCUUCCAGAAUCUUACCCACCUGCCGCCCUCCUACGAGUUUGCACUCUCUGCUGACUUGAGUGACAAGGAAGUGGACGACUUUUACGGCAGGAAGCGUCACCAUGCGGAUUUGGGCGGCCGAGGCCACGCCCACAUAGCCAAACUGAACGCCGAACCGCCGUUGCAUCAUCAUCAACAUCAUCAUCACCAUCAUCAUCAUCAACAACAACAUCAGCGUCAGCGUCCUCGCCGCGUCCAGCGCGCUAUGUCACAGGACCACGUCCUCUCCCCGCCCAGGACACCUCGCCGCGGGGACCACGGACUUCCUUCAUACGGCAACACCGCCAGCUCCCACGGGAGCGGUCGCCACCCGUCAGAGGAACUGCUGCUGUCGGCCGAGCGCCUGCGCUCCCAGGAUCCUUUGCUAUCUCCCGCCGUGCGCCGUGACAAGUUCCGGCAGAAAGCCAUGGCCCGAGCCAUGUCCCACGCCGACAUGCUGAUGCCCGUCACGCCUGUCCACGAGCGCCACCGGAUGGGUAAAAUGCUGUCCGAGCCCAGCGACGCUUACAACACGCUCGGCGUAAACGCGCAUGCCAGCGCCGCCAAGAGGCAGGCCUUUGCCUCGCGCCGGAUGCACACCGUGGACCACCUACAGUUCGGUGCGGGACAUCACCACGGGACCAACGAGGUCACCGUUUAACUGCGGAGGGACCACUUCCUGUCCCUGCUCGUCCACUUUCAGUCGCCUCCUGUCGUGGCAGCAAACAGCACCACAAGGGCUUCGCCGUGGCAAACGAGCCGCCAUUUUUGAACAUUCACGCAGCUGCGCAAAGACGACAUGUCCAAGUUCACGCAGCCACGAAACGCUAGUGAUGAUGUCAUCAUAACCUAAACUGCUAAUGCUGAAUGCUAAAAUAAAGUCUUCUUUACUAUUUAUUUCUUAGCAUUUCUGCAGUCAGAAAAAUGCUAAUGAUGAUGUCAUCAUUCGCAAAAGUACUCAUUCCAAAAUUCCACAAUUUUAGUGUUAUUUUCAUUCCCACGGGACACAAUUGUUCGUGGUGAUGUCAGCAUUCACAGAAAUGCUAAACUGACACUAUCUUUGCAGAGUGAUCCUUGGCAUUCCUGCGGUCACGCUCAUGCUAGUGAUGGUGUCAUUAUUAGCUAAAAUGCUAAUUCUAACAUAAUUUCAUUCCAAAGCACACAUGUGCUAGCUAUGAUGUCAGCAUUUGUGAAAUGAUAACGUGAUCUAAUCAUAUUGACAUUAUUCUCAUCAUUCCUGCAGCCUGCUAAUGCUAGUGAUUUCCUCAUUAGCUAAAAUGCUAACCUAAAUGUAAAGUUUUAGUGUUAUUAGCAUUCCCGCUUUUAUGCAAAUGCUGGCAAUGAUGUCAUUGUUAGCUAAAAUGCCAAAUAUUACAAUCACACUUUCUUCGUGAAUGCAAUGUUAUCGCUAGUGGUCAUGCAAAUCCUAGCAUGACAGCAUCAUUAACUCAAAUGAUGUAUGCUAAUGCAAGUGAUAUAUUUGCAACAUGAUGAUUAGCAUUAUUAGAGUUCCUGCUACCACACCAAUGCUAGCGAUUAUCAGCUAAAAUGCAAAUAGCUACAAUAAUGCCAUCUUGGGGACAUUAUUAUUCGCCACAAAAAAAAAUAGCAACACUCCAGAUGCUAGUCAUUAUCAUUUGCCUCAUUUGAUGACGUUAUUUAAUGUUCAUGCUCAAAAGACUUCAUGCCAGUGCUGACACUAUCAUUCACAACACCAUCGAAGAUGACAUCAUCAUUCGCAUUUACGCAGUUCUGCUCCAAUAUUGUAAAUAAGUGUCUUGUAAAUGCUUUUCGGAUUUAACUUUCUUCCUUUCUUUAACGGAGACUUUUGAAUACAUUGAUAUAUAGGACUCACGUUUGAGUCACGUUCAUCGUUUAUUGACAUCGCUAAGAUUGGCUCAUUCCGCGCCGAAGGGUUUGCGGAAACAAUCCGAGAAAUGGCGGCCAAACAGGCUCCCUUCACAAUGUCCGCUGUUUCCCGCAUCAGUUGUGUCAACCCACAUCUGAUUCGAUGGGAGCUCCAUACGUGUGUUAAGAAAACGUGCUGAUUUUAUACCUAUACUGUGUGCGUGUGUGUGAGGAAUCUUUUAAGUUCCGCCUCUUCCUGUUGUUUCCACCCAAUCAGCUGCCAGAACGUCCUCUGUUUCCAUGUUACUGUUCACUUGAUCUUAAUUCUUCUCGAACAAACUUCAAUAAAAAUCCACUUAUUAAGUUC